ACCGUCACUGUUACCUCCGAAAACGAAAGCUCCGAUAUCCGAAUUCAAACUCUCUCCGGCUAAAGGUUCUGGUUCAGGUUCGAACCCGGGUAUGAGGACUCGUAUUGCUACCAUAUGGGUCUUCGUGGCUACGCUAUGUUUCCUUGCAAGCUUUUUGGAAUUGGAAGCCAAAAGCAUCGACCCCUACAAGGUUCUUGGGGUUGAUAAAAAUGCAAGUCAGCGGGAAAUACAGAAGGCUUUCCACAAGCUCUCUCUCCAGUAUCACCCUGACAAGAACAAAGCCAAGGGUGCACAAGAGAAGUUUGCUCAGAUCAAUAAUGCAUAUGAGAUCUUAUCCGAUGAACAGAAGAGGAAGAAUUAUGACUUGUAUGGAGAUGAGAAAGGAAAUCCUGGUUUUGAAGCUGGCCAUCCAGGAGAUCAGGGUGGAUAUACUUAUUUCACGGGAGGUGGUCCCGGACAAAGCAAUUUUAACUUCCGACCAGGGGAAUGGCAGGGCAUGGGUGGGCAGGGAGGCUCUAAGUCAUUCUCCUUUUCCUUUGGCGGCUCUGGUGAUUCAAAUUCUUUUGGAUUUGGUUUGGAUGAUAUUUUUGGCAGUCUUUUUGGCGGCGGCGGCGGUGGUGGUGGGAGACAGUUUGGUGGUUUUGGCAGUUCAACUAGUUCUCAAUCUGGGUCCAAGAGUUCUCUCAAAAGUUUUAGAGCCAUAAAUUCACAUAUCUACAAGAAAGAAAUAGCUGAUCAAGGGAUGACUUGGUUUUUGUUAUCUUAUACACCCUCAUUGAAGGGGAUCCAAUACUUUGAAUCCACUGUAGAGGAGGUUGCCAGUUCAUUGCAAGGAGCUUUGAAGGUUGGAAGCAUUAAUUGUGAAAAGGAAGUCUCAUUAUGUAAGGAGCUUGGUGUCAAUCCACGCAGAGCUCCAAGGCUUUUUGUUUAUUCUUACAAGGAGAAUGAAAAGGGUUCUUUGGUGGAAUAUGGUGGUGACUUGGCUGUUAAGAAUUUGAAGGCUUUCUGUCAAGAACACUUGCCAAGGUUUUCAAAACGGACUGACUUGAAUUAUCUUGAUCAAUUUAGCACUAAUGGAAAGUUGCCUAGGGUGAUGCUUCUCUCCACCAAGAAGGACACUCCUGUAAUUUGGCGUGUGCUUAGCGGCUUGUAUCACAGACGCAUUACUUUCAGCGAUGCAGAGGUUCAUGAUGUAUCGGAUCCAAGAGUGAAAAGGCUAGGAGUUGAUGCACUUCCAGCUAUUGUAGGUUGGCUACCUAAUGGAGAGAAGCGAAUUCUGAAAACAGGGAUCUCUGUAAAAGAUAUAAAAUCUGCAGUUCUUGAUCUUAGUAAUGUACUUGAUAGUUUUGAAAAAGUUAGUAAAAAGGAAGCGUCAGGUCAGGCCAAGAAAACACGAAGUGAUUCAGAUGAGGGACACAUACAGUUGCUUUCUAGGUCAAACUUUGAUGAUCUUUGUGGUGAGAGAACUCCAGUCUGCAUAAUUGGUGCCUUCAGAUCUUCUAAAGCUAGAGAAAAGCUAGAAUCAAUUCUCUCUUUGGUUUCUCAAAAGUCUUUGUCAAGACGCCCAAAUCAAGGAGCAAGCUCUAGGGACUCUAUUUCCUAUGCUCUGUUAGAUGCCGCAAAGCAACAGUCGUUUUUAAAUAAAUUUGAUAAAACGGGAUAUAAAUCAUCUGAUAAGUUGUUGAUUGCUUACAAACCUCGGAGAGGGAAGUACACUGCAUAUAUGGGUGAAAUGACAGUAGAGGAGGUAGAGAAUUUCAUCAGCUCCGUUCUCAGUGGAGAUAUACCGUUCAGGGAGACACAUAAGAAGCCUGUACUCAAGUAGAGCACUAGGCAAUAACUCUGGAUUUUGCGGUACUUUGGUUAUACUCAUGUACAUAUAUUGAAAGAGAGUCUUUAGCUUUGAAACUAGCAAGAAUACAGAUAAUAUUUGCACAUAAUCUUAUCUUAUGAGGUUGAGUAUGUCAAGUCUGUUAUAAUGAAAUUUUCUUAAGGACAAUAUUAUUUUAGUCUAUCAUUUUCCUUGAACAUGGGGUGCUCUAGAAAACUCCUUGAACCUAAUGCAAAGCAAACACUGAACAUUUAUAAGAAUAGCAUGCCUUAUA